CGCGAAAGGGCUGGGAGGCGUGCUGCAUCUACGUGUCAUCUGUUAUUCUGCUCAAUGAAGGAACCAUUGCUGCUGCCGCUGAGCCUUACAUUCUUGCUCGCCCUUCUGCACUCCAUCAGCGCUUUCCACCUCAGCAGCCCUCUUCUCUCCUCCGCACGUCGAGCAAGAUCACAGCCGCCGCCAUCAGUCCUCUCCUCAGCUGCACAUCAAGCAGCACCCGUGGCCACAACACCAGCAUCAUCAACUCAGCAGAAGCAACGGCAGGAGCUGAAUGGCGAUAAGAGCGUGGCUCUCCCACCAUCACCACCGCCAGCAGUGGCGCACGAUGACAGGCCCGAACAUGAGUUGAGUGAGGCUGAGCGGCGGGAUCACCGGCGGGUUGGGCGGCAGAUGGAUCUGUUCUUCGUGUCUGAGGACGCUGUGGGGUCGAUAUUUUGGCUGCCCAACGGGUGGACGCUGUACAGAACCAUCAAGGACUACCUCAGUGACAAACUGCGCAGGGCAGGUACGUGGCGUGGAUGGGCGCACACAUAAUAUUAUGAUGCAUAUCAUAUGUACGCAUAUAUGGUGUGGCAUGCAUGGCUGGGGGGGUGCAGGUUACGAUGAGAUCAACACGCCUCAGUUGAUGAACAAGCGUCUGUGGGUGACGUCUGGUCACUGGGAGAAGUUCCGUGAGAACAUGUUUGUGGUGGAGGGCGACCGGCCGCUGCCGCCCACCGACGGGUCGGGCCACGAGCCGCAGCACCAUGGAGAGCCCGAGGUGCUGGCCAUCAAACCCAUGAACUGCCCCGCACACGUGCAGGUCUUCAAGUACGUCCGUGACGUGACUGGCCCACACACACGGCCAGACAGCUAGCCCCACAGACAGACAACUGGAUGUGAUGUAUUGGUGUUGGUGGGUGAUAUAUGUUUGUUCCACGUGUGUGCAGGCGUGGCAGCAAGUCCUACCGUGAGCUGCCAUAUCGGUUGUCUGAGUUUGGCCUGGUGCACCGCAACGAGAUAUCCGGCGCCCUGACGGGCCUCAUGAGAGUCAGGGCCUUCACUCAGGUCGAUGUGUGUGGUGGGGGAGGGGCCUGGUUCCAUCCAUGGUUUCUCAGCCUGCCUACAAACCUUGCUGCCUGCCUUGUUGUUUGUGUGCCUGCCUGCAGGACGACGCGCACAUCUUUUGCACGGAGGAUCAGGUGGUGACAGAGACGAGGAAUUUCGUGGAGCUGCUGCUCAAGGUCUAUCGCGACCUUGGCUUCGACGACGUCAAAAUCAAAUUCUCAGACAGACCCGACAAGAGGGCGGGCGAUGACGUCGUCUGGGACAAAGCAGAGGUGCGCGCGGCCAGACGACAGCAGGACACUUGCACUCACCUUUCUGCUUCUGUUCGACAUGUGUGUGCAUGUCGGAUCCAUCCCUCCAUGUGUCCCUCCCUUCAUCAGGAGUCUCUCCGGAAUGCGAUCGAGGCGUUGGGUUUGGAGUACGAGUUCAACCCGGGUGAGGGCGCCUUCUACGGCCCCAAGCUGGAGUUUGUGGUGCAGGACGCACUGGGGCGGGACUGGCAGUGCGGCACCAUACAGGUCGACUUCGUCAUGCCUGUCAGGUCAGUCGGCCAUCCGAUUAUCGGAUCUAGCCUUACUUAUCCGCCCCCUCACCGACACACGGCGUCCAUGCCAUGCAAUAUUGUGUAUGUAUGUGUGUUUAUGUGUCUGUCAGAUUUGACGCGACAUAUGUGGACAGCGACAAGAACAAGAUGCACCCCGUGAUGCUCCACCGGGCCAUUUUGGGGUCAUUCGAGCGGUUUCUCGGCAUCAUGAUCGAAAACUUCGGCGGCCACUUCCCUCUCUGGCUGGCACCGGUGCAGGUGAGAAGGAUGCAGACACUCGAUAGAUAGACAGCCACACAUGGACGCAUGGGAUGUCAUGAGACACGGCGGCCGAUCAAUCAAUAUAUCGGCGAUUGUGUGUGUUGUUGUGUUGUGCGGCAGGUGACAGUGUGUCCGAUAACGAACGAAGUGGACGAGUAUGCGCAGGAGGUGGCGGAGCGGCUGAGGGCGGCCGGCCUUAGGACCAAUGUGGACCUCAGAAGCGAAAAGAUCUCUUAUAAAAUCAGGUAGGAAGGUAGGUGCCUGGGCUGGGCCCGGCCGGGGUAGUGAGUGCAUUGGAUGGAUGUGUGUGAGUGCAGGGACCUGAGCAAGAAGAAGGUGUCAAGGCUUGCCAUUGUGGGCAAGAGAGAACGGGAUAACGGCAGCAUCGCACUCAGGAGGUGAGACCGACAGCAGCACCAUGCACCCUUCAAUCGCAGCACAUCUGCAUGGCCUGGUUUGUUGACUGGUUUGUCUCACUUAGGUUUGGGAGCCAGGAUCAGGAGGUCAUGUCACUAGAUGAUGCCGUCAGGCAGCUUGUUGAGGAAGCCAAGGUGCCUGAAUAAAUGACACAGCAAGCCUGGCCUGGCCUGCUGAGAGGGGAGGGGGGCAGAGUGCAUGCCGCCCACUGUGCAUCUCGAAGAGGCCGCGCAGUAGGCAUGGCAUGUAUCCAUGCAUGGUGUGUGCGCGGGAGUUUUUGUCGACUGUACAGUGCUUGACUGGCAAGUGCGGGCGCAUCUGCACUGAUUCAAACCCCUCACCCACGCGUCAGAGGGCGUCAGUCGAUUUCUGCGAGCUGUUGCGACACACGGCUUUUGUUAAAAAGUCUGCCGGUGGCGCAGCCGUCGUGUCUUUCUCUUGGUGGGGGUCAGUUCGACAAGUGGAUGCGCUGGAGCCGUGCUGUCGCACAGGGAAUCCUCAGACAGACAAGCGCAUCUCCAACGUCAGCACCACAGUGUAAGAAAAGAACCCAUGAAGCGGCACAGGCUGAUGCUGGGCUGAUGCAGCUUGUCGGCCUUCACGUGUGCCUAGUAUCUGUCGACAGCUGUGUGUGCAGGUCGAGGACAGAGAGGGGGCGUGAGAAGGCGUUCUGAUCUGAUGGACGUGUGCGCCAUCUGCUGCGAGGCGAGUGCACACCACCUGAUGACGGACGUAUCGGUGCCGCUGCGGUGGCCACCCAUUGAGACCGACCCCACUAUCUUCACCUCCAUGGCACACGCACUCGGCCUUGACCCAGCCUACACCCUCACCGAGCUGCUGGACCUCGACGGCUCGCUGUACUCGCCCUCCGACAGCCCCUCGCCGCAGCAGAGCUGCCAGGGAUUCAUCGUCUGCUAUGAGGACUCCUCUCUCGCCGUCAACUAUGAUGAGUGCGGGAGUGCGGCAGAUAUUGCCGACCAGCAGCAGCAGCUGACCUUCAUCAAGCAGGUGGAUGAGCUGGACACGGCGUGCGGCUUCAUCGCCCUGCUGCACGUCAUCGUCAACCUCCAGCUGGACAGCAGCUCCCCACCUGUGGUAGAGGGCUCGCCGCUGGACAAGUUCCUGGAGCGUGUCCGCCCUCUCGACCCACAUGCCCGUGGACAGGCGCUCGCCCACGACGAGAGCAUCCGACAGCAGUACACUCAGGCUGCCUUGCGCGGCCAGAGCCACGUGCCGGCCACAGAGAAUGAGGUGCCUGCUUCCACCAAGACACUUUCCGACAGACACAACAGACAGACAGACUUCCAUGGUGUCGUUUCGUUAUUGUCAGGUGAAGCAUCACUAUGUGGGACUUGUGAGGGUAGGUGGGCGGCUGGUGGUCUUGGACGGCGUCAAGGAGCGGCCGAUGUGUGUGGGGGAGGUGGGUGGAGAGGACGCGACGAGCAUGCUGGCGGCCAUGAAAGGCUUCGUGACGACGUGUAUGAAGGGGCAAGUGGAGGCAGGGAUGCUGUCCGUGCUGGCGCUAUCCAAAAGUGGAUAGUCAGCCAGCCGGGGCAUGCAACUGACUGGAUGACCGACCGCUGGCUGGCGUGGUGUGUCAUUAUGCACUGUCGACUGAGGCGAAACGGCGUGUGAGUUUCGCGUUCAUCAAUGCUCUUGAUUUGGUUG